CUCCGCAGAAACGGCACGCCCAAUUACGAGAAAGAAUCUCUCAUACCAACCGAGGCCUUGGCCGUCUUGGUGCUUGGAGCUCGUGCUUCGUGUUCACGUCCUGGCCGGUGAACCUCAGUGCAUGCACGCGAGGCUCGAGCAACUUGCUCCCACGAGAAUGCAAGUGGAGAUCCGUCUCGUUUCUGACGUCCAUCAGCAUCAUGCUGCACGCCAUGUGCCGUGUUCGGAAGUGGUUUUCGGAAUCAACCUUCAGCUGCUGUGCUCAUUCUCGUGUCUUCAUGAUCACGGCUCCAAAGAUGCCGCCAAGUUCUGACCCUCUCCCGCGCUAUAAAGCCUCGGGUUAUCCGCGAGGAAGAAGCUCAUCACUAGCAGCAAUUACUCUCAUUGCCCUCUUGGCCUCCACCAUGGUCUCUGCCAUGCCCGGCAACCCCGGCUAUGGCACCACCACUGCUCCCGGCAAGGGUGGUGAUAAUGGUGGUGACAAGGGUGGCGAGACCAGUUGCUACACCAAAUACAUCACCGAGACUUCCGUCGGCAAGACGCCCGUGGUCGGCACCAGCACCAAGACGAUCCCCACCGUCAUCACCAAGGUCGUAACUGUCCCCUACACGACCGUCGUCACCGUCCCCUACCCCACGACCUACUACGAGACCGUCCCGGUCGUCAAGACUGUGUACGAGACCAAGACACUCACCAAGACGGUCAACAAGGAAUCGACGUCCGUCGGCGAGAAGCCCGUCACCAAGACCGAGACUUCCUACUCCACCUCUCUGUGCCCCACGACCACCUACUCCCAGUUCACCACCAGCACGGUCAAGAGCGAGGCUACUUGCACCACCAAGGGCGGCUACGGUGGCGGUUACUAAGCUAGCCAAGCAAGGUGUGGCUUUUACAGGCUGCAUGAUGAUUUUUGCUCACUGGAGCAAAAGAAACGCGUGCCACUAGGACGUUAAUGGGCAGGGUAAGGAACACGUUUGUUGGGCGGUGAAG